AUGACAGUGCCCAACCAGCCUUCUCAGGCGGAUCCGAGGAGACCUUCGGUACCUACUUCUUCGCUUCCACUCGUGAGUACUUUGCCUUAUGGUCAUCAUAAUCACAUGAAUCAACAUCCAUACACUUCAGCUUACUCAAUACUACCUCCUCCUUCAUCACAUCACAAUUACCAAAGUACACUUACUACUACUACAUCGUCUGCUUCUGCCGCUGGUUUAGUCACCGCCAACAAUGGGAAUUCGCACAUAUCAUCUUCUUCUGCCAUAGGAGCAAGAAGCAGGCCAAAGUACAGUGAUAUACCGCAACACGUAACAGCUGAGCCCAUCUCCACCGCAUCAGCAACCACAACCACAUCAGGUACCAUGAGGACCAGUGCUGAAGCAAGCCCUUCCUCACCAUCCAGCGGCAGUUAUCGGCCAUUAAACGUUGUUGAUGCGUUGGCCUAUCUAGAUCAAGUCAAAAAUCGAUUUAUAGAUAAUCCUAAAGUGUACAACAAGUUUCUAGACAUCAUGAAAGACUUCAAGAGCCAAUCAAUUGAUACACCUGGCGUCAUUGAGCGAGUGUCUACACUGUUUAAGGGGCAUCCACACCUGAUCUCUGGAUUCAACACCUUUUUACCUGCUGGAUACCGCAUUGAAUGCUCUGUGGACCCAAGAGACCCUAAUCGCAUCACUGUGACAACUCCCAAUGGCAAUAAAACCACAUCAACCACAUCAACUACAGAGGACAUGCUAAAGAUGGAGCCUCAAUCACAGCAGCAUUUAUUGCACCAGCAAGAGCAUCCUUAUUAUCCUGCUCCUUCUUCUUCACCCACUUACUUACCUCCACCACCGCCGUCUCAACAAACCGUAUCAACACAACAGAUGCAUCACAAGACGGCUUCUGUUAUACCACCACCACCACCACCGCCGUUUAAUUCUAGCAACAGACUCUAUCCGCCUUCCUCAGCUGUGUCCUCCAUUUCCCGUGUUCCUCCUCAUCAUUCACCUCAGCACAUGAUUCCACCAGCACCAGCUUCUGCUCAGCCAUACACUUCCGCCUCUUCCAGACAUGUAUCGUCCUCCACUUCGCCACCACCACAUGCAGCUGAUAAAAAACCUCCAGUGGAAUUCAAUCAUGCCAUCAACUAUGUCAACAGAAUCAAGAAUCGAUUCGCAAACAAUCCAAACGUCUACAAGCAAUUUCUUGAAGUGUUAAAGACCUAUCAGAAAGAGCAAAAACCAAUCGAACAAGUGUAUGACCAUGUGCGCUACUUGUUCAACGGCGCUGACGACUUGUUAGAAGAAUUCAAGCAAUUCUUACCUGAAAUCACAUCGUCAGCAGGAACAUCAACUCACGACCAGCGUCUAUCACCGCCUUUAUACGAGCCUCAUUCCACCAAUCAUAUCGGAUUCAAAAGAGUAGCAUCACCAUCCAGCGCACCUGCUCAUAAGCGAAAGAAGGGCCAUGUCACCAAAAAGACGAAGCUCUAUCAGGAUCAGCAACAGCAGUAUAUGCAAGAAGAGGAGGACGCAGGUUCAUACAGUCUAUUCGAUCCUCAAAGACCAAGUAUAUCCGCAGAGGAGGUGGAUUUGUUUGACAGAAUCAAAAUGCACAUUGGCAACAAACCCUCCUAUGAAGAAUUCCUCAAAUUACUCAACCUGUACACGCAAGAGAUUGUGGAUAUUGAUACACUGGUAGCUCAAGUCAAAGGCUUCUUGGGAAACAACAAGGAGUUGAUGGGUACCUUCAUGUAUGUGAUUGGAUACGAGCCCAGCGCACCAGCAAUUGAGAAGCCUGCCGUGUCUGCUGUUAAACCCGAUUUGAACAAAUGCGAUGCUGCGGAGGAUAGUCCUAGUUACCGUGUGGUGUCCAAGGAAUGGCAAAAUCAGCCAUGUUCUGGUAGAGAUCAAAUGUGCUGGGAGGUACUGAACGAUGCGUACGUGUCACAUCCCAUCUGGGCCAGUGAAGACAGUGGAUUUGUGGCAUCCAAGAAGAACCAAUACGAGGAAGCAUUGCACCGCUGUGAAGAGGAACGCUACGAAUAUGACCUCAAUAUUGAAGCCAACUUGAACACCAUUGCACUCUUGAAGCCUAUUGCUGAACGCAUUCAACGCAUGUCACCUGAAGAACAAACAGCCAUGCGACUGGAGCCAGGCUUAGGCGGACCCACUGUAUCCAUCUACGAGCGUAUCAUUCGAAAGAUCUAUGACGACGAGCGAGGCACGGAGAUCAUCGACAUGCUGUAUCAAAAACCAGCGACUGUGGUGCCUAUUGUACUGAGGCGUCUUGAAAUCAAGGACAAAGAGUGGCGAAGAGCACAAAGAGACUGGAACAAGAUUUGGAGAGACAUUGAUCUCAAGAACUUUUACCGCUCGUUGGACUAUCAAAGCCCCGUUUUCAAAGUAAAUGAUCGCAAGGCCAUGACCACCAAGAGUCUUGUCACAGAAAUCGAAACACUUCAAAAGGAGAACCCCACAGAGUUGGUGCAAUUUCAGUUUGAAUUUCGAGACGAUACACUGUUCAAGGACAUUGCGCAUUUGAUUUGCUCAUUUAUGGAUAAACAAAGUGGAUACGCGCCUGUCGACAAACAGAAAGUCAAGAGUUUUCUGAGAUCGUUUAUUCCCGUGUUCUUCCAUGUCAAGGACACAUUGCCAUUAGGGUCAAGCGUCGAGCCGGAGGAAGAAGAGGUAGAAGCAAGCGGGCAUGAAGACAGAGAGCACCAGCCUGGUAGAUCCAAUACAGAAGAAACAGAGUCUCCCGUAGCAGCAAGUGACAGUACAUCUUCCUUGAAACGAGCUACAUCUGAAGACAGUCAAGGCAAACAACUCAAGGGUGAGCUUAAACAAAGUGCAGACACUCGCACGGCGGAGGGAGAAGAUGGCGUUACUGUACCAGAAGAUGUUACUAUGGAGGAAGUAGAGGAUUCUGCCGAUCUGUUUGCAGUGGCAGCAGCAGCUACAGCACCUGAAAUCAUCAACCAGAAACGCAUCUACAGCUUCUUUUGCAGUUCACCUUACUACUGCCUAUUCCGCUUGUAUCUCACCAUUUAUGAGCGCUUGUACAAGAUGAAGGCCAUUAGCUCUGAAUGUGGAUCAGAAAAGAAGUUCAACAAGACGGCAGUGGAGCUGGAUCUGGUGCCUAAUCGUUUUGAGGACAUUGACCUGUCGCAUGGAUAUUACCAUGCUUUGUUGGAGAUGCUGGAUCAGUACUUUGAGGGAGAGAUUGACCAAGCAACAUUUGAAGAGAAUGUGCGCUACUUGUUUGGUAUUGAAGCAUACCUCGCAUUUACAUUUGACAGAACGAUACAGACAUUGAUCAAGCAGAUACAAACCAUCUCGACAGACAGGAAAUCUAACGAGCUAUUCAAAUUAUUCAGUCGGGAUCAACAAUCCGUGGAUAGUCCUACAGGGAGAACACUCUCCAUCUAUCGAUCUCUGGCAGAGGGCAUUCUAGAAUCAGAGGAGAAUCUGUACAAAAUCACCUUUGACACGGAUACUCACAUGGCGCAUAUUCAAUUACUUGAUAAAGAGAAUGACAUGUCAUUACGCUCCACAGAACAGGAGUCGUACGAGGAUUACUUGGCUAGCUACGUAGAUUGGAUGCAUGAUACGGAAGGCAUCAACAAGUUGCUAUUGAAACCGUCCUUUUUGCAAAGAAACUUGAAAUCAUCAUCAGCACAAGACAAACAGCUGGAUAUUCAUGUCAAAUCUCACAUGCGAUACAAGAUCCAACCAAAGACUUAUCACAUGUAUUACAUUAUUGGAUCUGAAGAUAUACUGCAUCGAUCUGCUACUUUAGCCACUGUUGACCCAGAAGCGGAGGAUCCUCGUGCACAUCAGUGGCAUCAAUGGCUAUCAAGUCAAGGAAACGAUGAUUUAAGCAAAGAGGCUAGAGGGUUGUUUUCAUAA